CCCGCGCUCGCGCCGUCCCUGCGGCGGCGGCUCCCGCCGGCCUGCGCGGCCGGGCCCCGCGGUAUGUCGUGAUCCCGGGCGGUGCGGCGCUGCUGCGGCUGCUCAUGGGGCUGCUCAGGAUUAUGCUGCCGCCCAAGUUGCAGCUGCUGGCGGUGCUGGUCUUCGGGGUGGCCGUGCUCUUCCUGGAGAACCAGAUCCAGAAGCUGGAGGAGUCCCGCGGCAAGCUGGAAAGGGCCAUCGCAAGACAUGAAGUCAGAGAAAUAGAACAACGUCAUACAGUAGAUGGCCCCCGACAAGACGUGACACUGGAUGAAGAAGAUGAUGUGGUGAUUAUUUACAACAGAGUACCUAAGACUGCCAGCACAUCCUUCACAAAUAUUGCCUAUGAUCUUUGUGCGAAGAACAAAUAUCAUGUUCUACAUAUCAAUACAACCAAAAAUAAUCCUGUUAUGUCUCUGCAAGAUCAGGUCCGAUUUGUGAAGAAUGUGACAUCCUGGAAGGAAAUGAAACCAGGAUUUUAUCACGGACAUAUAUCUUACUUGGACUUUGCAAAGUUUGGUGUUAAAAAGAAACCAAUUUACAUAAAUGUCAUAAGAGAUCCUAUAGAACGACUAGUUUCUUACUAUUACUUUCUGCGCUUUGGAGAUGAUUACAGGCCAGGGCUGCGGCGGCGAAAGCAGGGGGACAAAAAGACCUUUGAUGAAUGUGUGGCAGCUGGAGGUUCAGACUGUGCUCCAGAGAAACUUUGGCUUCAAAUUCCAUUCUUCUGCGGCCAUAGCUCCGAAUGCUGGAAUGUGGGAAGCAGAUGGGCUUUAGAACAAGCCAAAUAUAAUCUGAUUAAUGAGUACUUCCUAGUGGGAGUUACUGAAGAACUUGAAGACUUUAUCAUGUUAUUGGAGGCAGCUUUGCCCAGAUUCUUCAGGGGUGCCACAGAACUGUACCGGACAGGAAAGAAGUCUCAUCUUAGGAAAACAACUGAGAAAAAACUUCCCACAAAAGAAACUAUUGCCAAGCUACAGCAGUCCGAAAUCUGGAAAAUAGAGAACGAGUUCUAUGAAUUUGCACUGGAGCAAUUUCAGUUUGUCAGAGCACACGCAGUUCGGGAAAAAGAUGGAGAAUUGUAUAUUCUGGCUCAAAACUUUUUCUAUGAAAAGAUUUACCCUAAAUCAAACUAAGAACUCUUUACUGUUAGAUUUAUGGAACUAAAUCUUUGGUCACAUCGUCAUCUUAGUCCUCAGCCAUGGAAACUAGAUUUCUUGUAGACAUCCAAGACGUUUCUUUAUAGAUCUGAGAAAAAUGGGCUGUGGAUCACCUCCAGGGCAUUGGAUACUGACUAACUAUGUUGGUAAUCCAGAAGCAAAGGCUUCCUUUAUUUUCUGUAACUAAUACUUUCAGUAGGAGUUAAUAUCCUUUACCUGAAGAAAUCUACACUUUAAUUUGGAGCAAUUAAUACACAGCAGUUCUAGUUGAAAAUAUAAACAAACAAAAAAUGCUUCUGUUGAUGUUCUUUUUAAUUUUCAGAGCAAUUUAUUUUCAUUUAUACUUCUGUGAAGAGGAAAUAAUUUUUCCCAGCUUUCAACAUGGAAAUUUUGGUUGUAUACAAUAUAAGUAGUGUUAAUAACUGGUUGACAUCUGUGCUUUGUUUUUGUGAAUCAUGUCACACGAUAUUAAUUGGGAUGGUUAAUCAUGUUCUGCUGAGAAAUGCUGCUGCUGCUGGAAUUGCCCAUAUUUCUAUAUGUGGUUUUAUUAAAAAAUUACAACUAAUCAUUAGUGUUAAAAGAUCAUUUCCAUGUUAAUACUGUAAAAAGUUAAAGAAUCAGAGCAGUGGGGGUUUUGUUUUGUUUUUAUCUCCACCACCACUGACCGAGGUUGGGAAAACUUCAGAGCCAGUUGGUAUUGUCUGCAGUUUGAUCCCUACACGGUGGUACAACAAUCAUAAAUUCAGUAUUAAGUUUCUCCAUGGUUUCUUUGUAAUAGUUGUAAACUGCGGUAUUGGUGAAUCCAUAUUAUGACUCCAUUAGUGAGCUGUGGUAUGGUUAGGGUUUUCCUACUACUUCGAUACUUUUAUCUGUAGAAUAUUUUUACUAAGGUGCUUUAUAACGUGUUUUAAAGCAUUGCAUUUACAAAAGGAGUAAAAUGCUGUAAAUACUGCUUAUUUUAUGUAUUUGGACCAAAAGGUUUAAAGUGACUAGUUUAAAGUGAGGUUUUUUGCACCGGUUCUGUUACGUGUGAAGUGAAAACAUCACAUCUACUUCCUGGUUGAGUUAAGCGUUGGACAUUGCUCAAAUGCACUUCAGUGACCUCUCUGACUUCAAUACCAGAAUGUUGUCCAGGGAUUCGCUUUGCAGAAAUGUAGUUUUCAUCCUUUUAUGAUGAUAAGAGGACAAGGAGAAAAAAAUGUCAUGUGUAGCCUGGUAGAGAAAGAUAGAGUGAACUUGAUAGACAUAAUUGUAUUUAUUUAACUGCCUUAUGUGACUAUUGUAAAUUUGUGAGUUGCCAUUAUUAACCAUGUGAAACACCUGGUAGAUGAAGUAAACUGAAAUUUGAGAACAGAUGUUUGAGGCCACUGCAUUAUAGUAAAUGGCAGUGGAGAACUACAAGAAUUUGUUUCCUAUUGAAUUUUUUUAAAGAACAUUUACACAUCCUACACCUGCCUUUUCUUAAAGUGCUUUCCACAGGGUUUGGUGGGGAAAGGCACGGAGGAGACAAAGUAAGGAAUGGUGGUAAGGGUUUAAAUUCCUAAGGGAUGGUGCUGAAGGCUUAGUUUAAAAUUACCAAGUGGAGUUUCUUUAACCAGCUUGUUCUUGUAAUGAAAACAAAGGAAAUGGAAAAUGGUCUGUGAACUGGAUGUCUGCAGCCAAAAGCAACAGUCCAAUUACAGAGAGGAUAAUGAGGGACUAUCAAGUACAUCUUGCAUUUUCUUUGUGUUCUUGGAUUUUUCCCCUUGAAUAUUAAAAAUAGAUCUUCUUUGUUCUUCACAAAUAAUCAGGGAAGUUCCUUCCGAUAGCUUACCGUUUAUAUAGGAUGAACUGUGCGUAAGAUCCCCUGUUCCAGUUCUUGUCUGUUGACAUCAUAAAUAAUGCCAACAUGUUUGUGAAUAAGAUGUGUUAGUUCACACAUGAAGACAUGAUUCCAAGCUAAAGAAAGGAACUGGGGAGUCAUACACAAGAAGCAGCUAAAUGAAAUGAGUGUUUGUAAUACCAGGAAAGAUUAUCCUCCCAGUAACGGUUUUAUGCUAUAUUUUGACUAUGUUGUUUUCCUUCACAAUAAUUCAGAUCAGUUUACAUUCUUGAGUCUCCUUCAGACUUUUCUGAAGAGCACCUCGAAGAGAGCAGAAGAGUUUACUAAGAAAACAUAAAAUAUUCGUGUAAGCAAUGAAAUAGGUAUGUAGACAAACGCUUCUGUAUUGACAAGAAAACAAUAGCCAAAACUUCUACUGAUUUCAGUAGUCUGCAGAAACAACUUCUAUUCUGUAAGCAAUUUUGAAAGUUGUGUUUCUUUUUCCUUCCAUGGUUUAGAAUUUCGUAAAUUACAAGUCUUCAGUAACAAAAAUAACAGAACAAUGCAAUUUUUUUUUAACUUUCAAAAGAGCAAUAUAUUUUCAUAGUUCGUACAAGAAAACACAUUUAAUCUGAUACCACUUCCUGUUCUUUGCUGUGAACCGAUGAAGUUGAGACAAACAAGAAUUGUAGGAAUAUUUCUUAAAGAUGCUAACUACAAUUGGAGAGAGAUUCAUUCCAGAUGUACUCUGAAAAUGUUAUUGUCUGUGGAACACUGAAGGAAUCAAGACUGUCUACUUUUAUAUCUAGUGCAACGGUUAAGUCAACUGUGAACUUUUUAGAAUCCUUUGAAUUCAGAACUAUCAAAACAUGGAUUUCCUAAAAGACAGUUUAGGAAAAAGAACUUUAGAGAUUUUUAACAAAGCUGCUCUGUUCAUUUUCAUUUGGAAAUGGAAACAAUCCAAGUUGUUGGUAUUAAAAUAUUUUACAGUACAUAAACAGAAUUUAUCUUGUGUGUUUUCCCGUAAUGACUUAUAGUGAAAAGCAGCAAUACAUGGAUUUUUUCUUGUUGCAGGAUCAGUAAAUUUACUAUGCACCCUCCUGAGCAUGGAUCUUUUAAGUGAAGUCACUGUAGCCUCUGCAGAGCAGCGAGAUUGGCUUUUUGCAGAGCUAAGUUCAUUUGAAAGGUGCUGAAAUGCUCAUAUAUAUACAUAUAUAUAUAUAUAUAUAGUUGAGAGCAGGUUUUGUUACACUGUACUUUUUGUACAAAAUGAACACCCAGAUGUUGUGCAAAACCGUAGCCCCGUUUGAAACUCUUGAUGUCAGCAUAAUGGCGCUGGAUCCAGCUGCACUGGUAACUACGUAGCCAUCACCACGGCAUGCCUGGAGCACUUGUGACACACUGGGCAGUGCUGACAGGAGAGCAGCAGUGGCUUUUACUCCUUCCCAUAACAAAUCUGCAGCCAUGCAACAAAAUUUUUACUCUUCAUUUUGUUAGUGCAUCUAUAAGCAGACACAAGUUUAGGGUGCAGAAUGUCCUACGUGCACAUUCCCCCUUGCUCUGGGUUGAUUUUCAAGCAGUCUCUCUAUUAAUGGUACAUUGAUCGUGGCUUAAUUUUCAAACUGGCAUGAAAAUUUAUAGCUCUACAAUACAGGGGAGGAAGAAGGAGUCCAUCCUGGUCAUUUGAAAUGCCUUUUCUGGGUAUGUAGUUUUUCUGAAGAUACUUAACUGGUUUUACUUUCCAGGAAUAAACAUUUGCUUAUUUAUGGUCUCAGAGCAGUUCUAUUUUGUAUCAGGGAAAAUUCAGUUAUUUUCUGUUGUAAUUCUGUUAACAUUUUCCAUUAAGCUUACCCAGCAUUGCUAAAUAUGUAUAUGACAAAAAGGUGUAUGGAUGAUGCUGUCUGAACUGUGCUGCUUAAGCAGUCAGUGGGAAAGCCUGAUUGAAGUGCACUGCCAAUUUAGCUCUUCAAAAUUAGAGCAUAUUUUAUGACUACUAAAAAUUAAAAUUAAGGAAACUGUAAGGCUGCCUAGUUGGAUGGAUGCUUCCUUUACUGUAAGCGUAUGCAGCUAUGUAACCUUUGCAGCAGUAUUUAUAGAGAGAGCCCUCUUCCUGAGACUUUUCUGGAGCUUAAUUAUAAAUGUUCAUACACUUGUGCUGUCUGAUAUUUACAUCAGCAGCUUUCUGAAGCUUCUGUGAAAAAGUGACAGGUUUGUGAGCAUUUCCAAAGCAGUACUGAAUGUAAUUUUUAAAAACAUGGAUUGUGCUUCAUGACUCUUCUUUUUAAACACAGACACAGCUAAAUAGUGCCUUUUUUCCUCACAAUCCAUGUUGAAGAUGCUUGUUCCCACUCACCUCCGUAAAUUGAUUUGUUUGUGCAAUACUAUUCCAACUUGAAACCAUUUUGUCACAGCUGUUUGAGAUAUAAUCUCCAUUUUUCCUUACUAUGCUGCAGCUUUCUGUUGUUGAAGUGUUUCAGUUGAUUACCUAAUGCAAAUGCUAUAAAAUAAAACACCCAGUGGGAAGGGGAAAGAAAAGAAGCCUGGUGUCCUGUCUUAAUAUUUGCAUGUCGC